ACGGUCCUCGCUGGUCUUUGCCGUCAUGUAAUGCGUGCGUCAAAAGAUGGAGCUGGGGAACAAAAAGAAAAAAAAGAAAACAAGAGAAACAAAAAAUGCCAACAAGAAAAUCAUGCCCCGAGCCAGCCACAGGGGAAGAAGCAAAUAAGGGGGCCGGGCGUGAUACACAUGUCCUGUCCCAGCUUGGCGAGAUUUCCCAGCCGAGCCAGUACUAGGCUUGUACAACCUAAUCUCACCCUAGAUCUAGAGAAUUGUGGCAUUGCCCUGGACUGGAAUUCAAGGUCUUAGGAAUGUUUCCUGAAGGUUUACCGGCCAGCGAUGCGUCCAGUAAAUUCACCCGUCUAGAUGCCAACUUGCCAGGCGGUCACCGCCAUGUGCUCAACUCGACGACCAAGCCCUGGGGGCCCAGACCAUGGAGCAAGCUGGUGCGCAAGGACUCGGGGCGGAUGCGCAAGAUGCUUUCUCGUCUCGCCUUCAAAGGCCACGACAGGGAGUCGACGGCGACGGCAACAGAAGAACCAUCGCCCACGACGGCGACUACAACGACGACGACGCGAGUGGUAGCGACGACAGCCAACAACGACGGCGGCGGUGUAGCAGACGACGCGACAUCGCCGGGGCUGGAGCAGAAAUACGGCCGGCGCUGGAAGGUGAUCGGCAAGGGGGCGUACGGCACGGUCAGCAUCCACCACCGGCGCGAGGACCAGGCGCUCUUCGCGGUCAAGGAGUUCCACCAGCGGACGGGGCUGAGCACGGAGGAGCUGCGGGAGCGGGCGCUGGCCGAGUUUGAAAUCGCCAGCGGCGUGGGCCGGCACGCCAACGUGGUCAGCACGCUGGAGCUGCUGCAGGAGCGGGGCUGCUUCUUCUCCGUCAUGGAGUUUUGCGCCGCCGGCACCCUGUCGUCGCUGGUCGAGGACGCCGGGCCGCUGGGCCGCGUCGAGGCCGACUGCUUCGCCAAGCAGCUGCUGCGCGGCGUCGAGCACCUGCACGCCGUCGGCGUCGCCCACUGCGACCUCAAGCCCGAGAACCUGCUGCUCACCGCCCGCGGCCUGCUCAAGAUUAGCGACUUUGGCUGCAGCCAGUUCGUCCACGACCUCGACGACGACCCCGCCGACGGCAAAAAGCGCCUGCUCAUGGUCGCCGGCGCUCGCGGCUCCAGGCCCUAUAUAGCCCCCGAGGAGUUCACCGCCGACGAGUUUGACGGCCCCGCCGCCGACGUCUGGGCCUGCGGCGUCAUUUACAUGUUCAUGAGGCUCUUUCGCCACCUCUGGUACUCGGCCACGGACAACGACGAGGGCUACAACAGAUAUGUCCUGGGGAGGCGGCUGGAAGAGGGCUAUUCGCCACUCGAAGCCUUGGAGACGGACGAAUGUCGCAACGUCAUCUACUCGAUGCUCGAUCCUGUGCCGUCUAGGAGGCUCACAGCAUCGCAGUUCCUCAGAUCAGAAUGGGGUCGCUCGAUCCAGCUUUGUGAAGCCGGUCGUGGGUCGCUUGACAAGUAGCUUCGCCUGCUAUUUUGUCCCCCAGUUUAUUAUUGUGAUGGAUCGAGAGUCUGUGAUGCGUUAUUGUCUACUGUAUCUGCGUCCUAUUGCCAUAUACCCAUACUUGAGAAUCUGAGAUUGUUUUAUGAAUUCCCUUUUUAUCCAUGGCCAAUUUCGUGCAGGCCCC